AUCCUGCGGAGCCGACCGUGGCACAUGUGGACUAUGGCAGAGCUGACUCCGAUACCACUGACUUUUGAGGACAUAGCCAUUUAUUUCUCAAAGCAGGAAUGGCAACUUCUGCAGACAUGGCAGAAGAUGCUCUACAAGCAUGUCAUGAGAACCAAUUACGAGACUCUCGUCUCACUAGAUGGUGAUCUUUCUAAACCAGAGCUAAUACUCUGGAUUGAACAUGGGAGAGAGCCCUUUGGGAGCUGGGAGGAAUCCCAGAAGCUAGAAAAUGUGAAGGAUUCCUCUGCUGCGGCACAUUUUGCUCCAGUGACAGAGCAGCAGCUGUUGGGUGAUCCUUUGCAGGGCCAUGGCUCCUCUCCACCCUUCUUAGGAGGAAGGGAAGAAGUUUCCUUCAGGCCUGAGCAAGGCCUCAGCCUUGUGACCCCAGUGAGACCUGACACCCUGGCUCCAGGCACAGCAGCCUACAGCUCUAGCGUGUCUGUGACACCACGGGGAAUUCCACACAGCGCCCAGAAGCCCUUCCAGUGCCCGCAGUGCCCCAAGAGCUUCCUUCUCAAGAGCACCCUGCGGAGGCACCAGGUCACGCACUGCGCCCAGAAGCCCUUCCAGUGCCCACAGUGCCCCAAGAGCUUUUGCCGCAAGGGCAUCCUGCAGGACCACCAGCUCACCCACAGCAACCAGAAGCCCUUCCAGUGCCCUCAGUGCCCCAAGAGCUUUUGCCGCAAGGCCUCCAUGCAAGAGCACCAACUCACCCACAGCGCCCAGAAGCCCUUCCAGUGCCCACAGUGCCCCAAGAGCUUCUACCACAAAGCCACACUGAGGACACACCAGCUCACCCACAGCACCCAGAAGCCCUUCCAGUGCCUCAAGUGCCCUAAGAGCUUCUGCCGCAAGGGUUCCCUCCGUGAUCAUCAGCACAUUCACAGCGCCCAGAAGCCCUUCCCCUGCGGACAGUGCGGCAAGAGCUUCAUCCAGCGGUUCAGGCUGACCGAGCACCUGCGCCUGCACAGCGGGGAGAGGCCCUUCCAGUGCCCCAAGUGCCCCAUGAGCUUCCGUCUCAAAUGCCAUCUGCAGGAGCACCAGCUCACACACAUUACCCAGAAUCCCUUCCAGUGCCUCCAGUGCCCCAAGAGCUUCCGCCGCAAGGGCGCCCUGCGAGAACAUGAGCUCACCCACAGCGCCCAGAAGCCUUUCCAGUGCUUGCAUUGCCCCAAGAGCUUCCACCUCAAGCGCACCCUGCGGAACCACCAGCGCACCCACAGCGACCAGAAGCCCUUCCAGUGCCCCAAGUGCCUCAUGAGCUUCUGCUUCAAGUACAUCCUGCGGGACCACCUGCGCCUGCAUAGCGGGGAGAAACCCUUCCAAUGCCCCAUGUGCCCCAAGAGCUUCCGCCUCAAGUGCUCCCUGCGGGCGCACCACCUCAAACACAGCGCCCAGAAGCCCUUCUAAUGCCCCAUGUGCCCCAAGAGCUUCCGCCAAAAAGGCGCACUGCGGACACACCAGCACAUGCACAGGACCCAGAAGCCCUUCCCCUGCAGACAGUGCGGCAAGAACUUCAUCCGGCAGGCCCAUCUCACCAGGCACCUGGGUCGACACAGCGGGGAGAGGCACGUGCAGUGUUCCAUCUGCGGCAAGAGGUUCCAGGCCAGGACUGACAUGAAGACAUACCAGCUGCUGCACGGAGGGGAGAUGCCGUUCUCCUGCAAGUGCGGCAAGGGCUUCGCCAAGCGCUUCAAGCUGGUGGAACACAUCAGGACUCACAUCGGCGGGAAGCCUUUUCAGUGUCCCAAGUGCAAGAAACCUUUCCAGUGUCUCAAGUACAACGAGGCUUUCCGCUUGAAGACACAGCUGCUCAGCCACCAGCGGAUACAUGCUGGGGAGAGACCUAAGUCCCAACUCACUGCCCAUGUCAGAGUACACACAUAAUGCUGUCCUGCUCCGAGGGACCCUAAGCCUGAUCCUGACAUUAAGAAAGGCUGAGCCUGCUAUUUACAAUGAUAGAAGCCAAGUGGAGCUGAGGCAGGUGCACAGUCAAUACAGCCAGUGAGUGAAUGAACGAGAUGCCCCUGGUUCCUCAGAAACAGCCCAAACCCACGGGAAGGCAGAUGGGAAGAACGGAAGGGGCUGCUUUAAGCAAGCAUGUGACACAGAUUAGGAACUGGGGCAAAGCUAACAGAUUUUUCUCCUUUGAAAUCACUGGCUACAUUUGCAAUCUAUUAAUAAAAGAGAGAUUUGUUCUGCC